AUGGACGCAGCCGGGGUGGUCGGGGCUGCGUACAUGUUGGUGACCUUGCUCGGCAUCUUCGGCACCCUGGUCUUCUUCCUCAACAGGUGCGCCGGCGCCGGCGCUGGAGCUGCGGAGCCGGUGCCGGCCGAGGCCGAGGCCGGGCCGGGCCGGACCCAGGGCGGCCUGCUGCCGUUCUACGUGUUCUUGCGGGCCGUCCAAUCGUCCCUCCAAAUUAUGAGGCCGCCGGCCGGCCUGUCCGAUUCGGCUAUCGCGGCGCUGCCGCUGGCAAAGGUCGCCCAGGCGGCGGAGUGCGCCGUGUGCCUCGGGGAGCUCGCCAUGGGGGAGGCGGCGCGGCUGCUGCCGCUGUGCCGGCACAGGUUCCACGUGGAGUGCGUGGACACGUGGCUCCGCUCGCGGGCCAACUGCCCGGUCUGCCGCCAGACGGUCAACGACGUCAACGCACAGCCGGCUGCUCAGGCUGAGGGGCCGGUCGUGCUGCCGCCUGCGCUGCCGCAGGCCGACGGCAGGGGGCCGCUGGCACAGGCUCCCGACGGCGGCGAAGGCCACAUCAGCCUGCAGGUUCUUGAUUGA